CUCCUGGCAAUGGUAGAAGUUGAUGAAUUCUUCAAAAGGGAUGACCUAGUGACAAGAGUUGUUCAUUUUUCCACUGGCUAUGCCCCACCUGGUGUCUUCUGUUGUGCCGUGUGUUACCUGCAGUCAUACAACUGGAUGAUCCGAGAAAAGGAUGUUGUAGCACGAAACCAAGUGACAUUUGCAUACCGGGGAACUAGAGUAAUAUUCACCGACAAUCUAAAGUUUUUUUCGGUUCUCCUUCCUCUGUCCGUGCACCGACCAUAAGGCCCUUCAUCCUGCAACUGUUGAACAGAAUGACAACCUUGUCUGUACCAUAGAAGGCCUGAAAAGUGGAUCUCUGAGCAAAGAACAGACAAUUUGGCAUAAUGCACGGAACUCACGGUGUUUAGGUCACGAGGCCUAUCUGCACAAUAUCGCCUAAUACUAUUGACCUUUCAAACAAGGUUCUUCCGCGUGUAAGCAGCAAGAUAGAGCUGCUGGCAAUUCAACUAG